CUCAGCCUAAAGCGGUCACGUGGACCUUUAUUAACGUCGCGUCUCGCGCGGAGUCUAACCGCACAACUCAGGCACUCUGUUCGUACUCAAUUAGCGCCAACGGUCCGUUACAAUCACUCGUCACAUCCGCAGCUUUUCCCCCGCACCGCAUCGUAAUAGCUUUCGUACGUGAGCUCGAGCAAGGACGCUGACUUAGAGGACGCGGCAUAUCAUAAAACCGUUAAAGGCCUGUCUUUCUUUCUAGCCGCUAGCAAGCUAGUAAAUACAAGUCGCUGUCGCGUCUUAAACCAAGUGUGAUACCGGUUUAUUUAUCGCUCUGGUUUAACGCGUUUAAACCGCGUCCGUCGCUAAACGCUAAAUAAAGUAGCUCAUUUUCUGGUCUCUUGUUUGUGUCGGAAAGUUUCGUGCUAAUGGGCUUGUUGUCUCAGGGCUCCCCGCUUAACUGGACUGAAACCAAGAAAUAUGCCGACCAUGUCAGAAAGCACGGCAUUGUGCAGUUCCUCAACAUCUACAACAAGGUGAAGGACCGGCAGAAGGAUGUGCUAAAGUGGGGCGACGAGGUAGAGUACAUGUUGGUGGAACUGGAUGAGAAAAAUGAAAAGGCCCGUGUGGUUCUGAACGGGAGCAAAGUGUUGGAGACACUGCAGGAAAAGGGGGAAAAGGUCAACCCCAACCAUCCAACCCUUUGGAGACCAGAGUAUGGCAGCUACAUGAUUGAGGGCACUCCAGGACAGCCAUACGGCGGGACGAUGUCUGAGUUCAACACAGUCGAAGACAACAUGGACAAACGGAGGAAGGAGGCAUCGACUGUGCUCAAAAAGGACGAGACUAUCUGCACUAUCACGUCAUUCCCCAGGUUAGGGUGCCCGGGAUUCACAAAGCCAGAACACAGGCCUACACCUGUUGAAAAAGGAGCCAGCAAGUCCCUCUUCUUUCCUGAUGAGGCCAUCAAUAGACAUCCCAGAUUCAGCACUUUGACCCGGAAUAUUCGUCACAGAAGGGGGGAAAAGGUGGUGAUCAACGUACCAAUCUUUAAAGAUCAAAACACACCAAGUCCAUUUGUGGAGACGUUUCCCGAGGACGAUGGGGAGGCGGCAAGUGCAGCUCGGCCCGAUCACAUCUACAUGGACGCCAUGGGCUUCGGAAUGGGAAACUGCUGUCUGCAGGUCACAUUUCAAGCUUGCAGCAUCAGUGAGGCUCGAUACCUCUAUGACCAGCUGGCCACAUUCUGCCCCAUAGUGAUGGCCCUCAGUGCUGCUUCUCCAUUCUAUCGUGGCUACGCGUCUGAUAUCGACUGUCGCUGGGGCGUGAUCUCGGCCUCAGUGGACGACAGGACUCGGGAAGAACGAGGGUUGGAGCCUCUGAAAAACAACAAAUUCAGGAUCCACAAGUCAAGAUAUGACUCCAUUGACAGCUACCUUUCUUUUUGCGGUGAAAAAUACAACGACAUCGAACUGACAAUAGAUGAUGAAAUCUACAAUCAGCUCCUUGAUGCAGGGAUUGACAAAUUACUGGCCCAGCACAUCGCCCACCUCUUUAUCCGUGACCCGCUGUCGCUCUUCGAGGAAAAGAUUCAUUUGGACGAUGAGAACGAAUCGGACCACUUUGAGAAUCUUCAGUCAACCAACUGGCAGACCAUGAGGUUCAAACCACCUCCUCCAAACUCGGACAUUGGAUGGAGAGUCGAGUUCCGGCCCAUGGAGGUUCAGUUAACUGACUUUGAGAACGCCGCGUACGUUGUGUUCAUUGUUCUCCUUACACGAGUCAUCCUUUCCUACAAGUUAGAUUUCCUCAUUCCCUUGUCGAAGGUGGACGACAACUUGAAAGUUGCCCAGAAACGAAACGCAGUCCAAGAAGGCAUGUUUUACUUCAGGAAGGACAUCUUUAAAGGCUGCAACCCAUUGUUUGACUCGGCCACCACAGCCACCCAAAAUGGCGUAGAGACCGAUGGCGACCAUGAGGAAUACACACUGAUGAGCAUCGACACAAUCAUUAACGGCAAGGAGGGAGUAUUCCAGGGACUCGUACCAAUUCUGAAUUACUACCUGGCAAACAUGGAGGUCGACGUAGACACACGCUGCACCAUCCUGAACUACCUCAAACUCAUUAAAAAGCGAGCAUCGGGAGAACUGAUGACCAUGGCAAAGUGGAUGAGGGAAUUUGUUUCCAAGCAUCCACAGUACAAGAACGACAGCGUGAUCACAGACAAAAUAAACUACGAUUUGCUUUGUAAGUGUGACCGAAUUGCCAAGGGAGAGGAGCAGUGCCCUGAACUGAUCGGCGAGCCUGUGAAAAGGCGAAAGUGAGGCAGAACAAAUAUGCUGUGUGUCGAUUUUUUUUUGCAUGUAAACUGGUGACCAAAAUGUUUUGCAGAAUAACAAAAAAGUGAAAGUUCCAGACAAAUUAAAGUUUUGGAGUAUGGAUUUGCAAUCUUUUUUUUUUCCAAUUUGUGUAUAUGGGAUUUUUAUGCUUCUCCAAAUCAAAAUUAUUUUAAUAACUUCAAGAUCAAUGUUACUGGGAUCAGCUGUGUAUAUUUUCUUCUCAUUUCUGAUUAAAGAUCUGAGAUUGUGUGAAUGUAAAUUUAGUAUUUGUACAUUAGCAAGUUUACUUUCCACUGUUAAAACUCACUGUAAAUAGUGUUCCUUUUAAUCAGUUAACAUUAAGUUUACAUUAACAAGUUGUUAGCGUUAACACCUCUAUGUGUUUUGUGUUGAGAUUUUCUCCAUAUGCAGUUUUUUUUGUUUUUUUUUCUCAAUACAUAAUUAUUUUAGAUAAAAGUUGUGGCACAUAUGCUUGUCAAUGCAGAAUACCACAUGUGGCUUAGUAAUGUUUAAAAGUGCGUUUGGUGUUAAGUUUAAAACACCAUUUUCAGCUUAUUUUAAAGAUUAAAGUGUCCGGCUAAAGUGACUCUUUAGAUUCUUUACAAUUAACUACACUUUUAAAUUAGAAUUAGGUUAAACCGUUAGUACUUUUUAAACUUUGAAGUCAUUCAUUAGAGGAUGUACAUAAAUCUUGUUUUUUGUUUAUUUCUAAUUUGUUUAAAGACCAAAAUGAGAUUAUGCCCCAUUUAAGUACAUAGCUUCAAAUAAAGUGAUUUCUAUACAUAUCAAA